AUGGACGAUCGAAUGCAAGCACAAAUUCGUUCGUGGUUGGAAGAGGAUUCUGGUGAUGAAUUGGAUGCAGAUCUUGAAAAUGGGGAACAAUAUCGUGUUGACACCAUAGAAAGUGAUAGUUCUGUCAUCCGUAGUCCUCACGAAACUGAUACUGAGCAAUCGUCGGAUGAAAACGAUGCUGAUAUUUCUACUCCCGCGACUCAACAACAAAGAGUUCCUACUAUUAAUGAACAUUCGCAUAGUUACAAGUAUCUCCACUUCAAACCAUUAUACCUUUAA